AUGGCUGUUGGCUAUGCGGGAAUCCCAGUCCCUGCGUGCCCGAGCCGCGCGUGGGAGGCUGCGGGAAAUGCCACGGCCGGCAGCGGGACGGUUCCCGCAGCCCUGCGGGGUCGGUGCUCGGCGUUCACUCUUCCCCGCACCCUCCGUCCCUCCCCGCAUCUCACCGCUCCCCCUUCCCCCGCACCCUCCGUCCCGCAUCUCACCGCUCCCCCGCACCCUCCGUCCCGCCCCGCAUCUCACCGCUCCCCAGCACCCUCCGUCCCGCCCCGCAUCUCACCGCUCCCCCUCUCCCGGCACUCUCCGUCCCGCCCCGCAUCUCACCGCUCCCCCUUCCCCGGCACCCUCCGUCCCGCCCCGCAUCUCUCCGUUCCCCUUCCUCCCGCACCCUCCGUCCCGCCCCGCAUCUCUCCGUCCCGCCCCGCAUCCCGGCCGGGGCGGUGCCGCUGCCGGUGCCCGGGGCGGGCAUCGGGGCCGGGCGAGGCGGAGCCGCGGAGCAGCGGGAGCGGAGCUGAUGGGAAGCCGAGGGAGGGUUGGACGCCCAUGGCUUUCAGCCCGGGGCUCCUGGUGGUGGUGGGUUCUUUCGCCGCCUUUCGUCUGCUGAACCGGGGGCUGGAACGCUUGGUCCCGCCGCCGGCCUCGGCCCGGCGCAACCGCUGGAAGUGGCGGAACAUCUGGACGUCGCUGGCUCACAGCGUGCUCAGCGGCGCCGGGGCUCUGGCCGGGUUUUGCCUCCACCCCGGGCUGUCUGAGGACCUGGUGAGCACACACCCCCCCGGGGCACACAGCCUGGUCGCAGUGUCUGUAGGUUAUUUCCUUGAAGACUUUGUGGACAUGUUGUGCAAUCAGAAACUUCACCAGUCCUGGGAGCUGCUCUUCCAUCAUGCUGUGGUGAUCGUGUGCUUCGGCAUCGCGGUGCUGCUCCAGCAGUACGUCGGCUUUGCCCUCGUGGCUUUGCUGGUGGAGAUCAAUUCCAUCUUCCUGCACCUGCGUCAGAUCCUGCUGAUGGCCAACCUGGUGCACAGCCCCUGCUACCGCCUCAACAGCAUCAUCAACCUGGGCACCUACGUGGUGUUCCGCAUGGCCACGCUGGCCUGGAUGACUCACUGGCUCUUCCUCAACAGGGACAACGUGCCCUUGGCCACCUACGCUGUGGGCACAGUGGGCAUGGCAAUCAUGACCCCCAUGAACCUCAUCCUCUUCUACCGCCUGCUCAGGAGCGACUUCUUCAAGGCCAGUGGGGAUGUGCAGAGGGAGAAGGAGCAAUAGCCCCCCUCAACCUCGUUCCCUGCAGGGACAGAGGGGCUGAGCAGCCCCUGAGCCCACGCAGGAGAGCAAAGCAAAGCACAGUGCAGAGUGAAGGUGGCUGGCUCAGGACUUUGUGUGGAGUGCCCACACUAACAGAGCAUCCAGGCUUUUCUUGUGACUGCAGAUCCUGGGCUCUGCACGGCGCAGAAGGUGUUGAUGGACCGAGCCCUGGGGCUCUGCUUCACCCCACACCUCUGGAUGAUGCAGUCAGAGGGAUGGGAGCUGCUCAGAGAAGCCUCAGGCAGCUCCCUGAGGUACUGCUGAGAUGAGAAAGGAGCAGAAGAGCCUUGCUUCCCCCUCAACCAGGCAUCACAGCGUGUUCCUAACCUCCUCAGUGCUGCAGCUCAGUGUCCCAUCAGCCAGGGCAUGCUGUGCUCAGCCCUGCUUUCUCUGUGGCGCUUCCCAUGGGAGCAGCACCAGGCAAGAGGGGCUUCUAAAGGCUUUGCUCUCAAAGUCAGGGCCACUCAAAGCCAAACAUUGCACUCAUGAGACCUCCCCGAGGAGAUUGUCCCAGGUGGGUGAUGAAGAGGCUGGGACCUGUCUGGGUGGGAUGCUGCCUGCUGUGGGGUCAGGGGCAGAGCACCAGGCAGAGGGUGCUGCAGCACUGUGCUCAGGGAGGGGAUCCCUCCCCUCACCUUCUCCUGACAGCUGGAGCUUUGUCCCCUGUUGUUUUGUUCCCAGAUGGGUUAAGUGCCCAGGAGUGAGAGUGGGAGAGGGUGAGGUGCUGGCCUGGAUGUUGCUAUGUGAUGGCCACUUCCCACAGGUGUGGAGUUUUCAGGCACAGGCAUCUGUUAGGGUUUAGGCAUCUAUGAGGAAUGACCAGCUCUGCUGCAGAGCCCAGUGUAACCCUCUUACCCAGCAGCAAGAGCUCUUACUAACGUGAGCUUUUAAUAAAUGGCUGCAAAUGAAACAGCUUGAGGGGAAAGGGCUUAGAGGGAGAAAGGGACUGAGCAGCCCAGCCUGCUCCAGGGCUGUCACUGCUCAGCACGAUGCUUUUUGUCCUGUAUCUCCCCACCACAGAGGAU